UCAUGACAAACUAUCUUAAUUCGUCAAGAUGGCGGAACUAUCAAUACUUACAAAUAAAAUGGUAGCAUUUUCGGUGUGACCUUGGUGCGACGAUUAAUUCCCCGAUCGGAGUAGUCAGUAGGUUGCGUCGCCGGACCGGCCUUGCCGUGUGACGUAACUUGUAUGCCUCCGCGUCUCUGAGAUACCGCGCGUCCGUGCGCGAGCGCAUCCCGCAUUCGAAAUUUGAACACGCGAAACAAAUCGAUAAUUAAUUUAAUCGAUACUAGUUUUAAUCGAUACUUAGUGUUAGCGGCCAGUGUUUUUAUUUAGUGCUUGUGUGUGUGAUGAUGUGAUAUGCUUGUGAUGAGAUAAUACUUGCUGCUUGAAAUAUUCGUGAAGUAUUUGAGGAAAAUAAUCAAGUUUACUUAGGAAUUCAGAUGUCAACAUGACGAGAAAGUUUCUAUUCUGUUUCCCCCUCCGAGUGGGGAAUAUUAUAUUCGGAUACAUCGUUAUACUAAUAGCAAUAGCAACAGCGGCGUUCCACUUGUACCAACUCGGCUUGAACGUGACAAACAACUAUUACGAGAAGGAUGGCAAGUUCAGAAACUUCGAGAAUUUGGAGAGCAUCUUCGGGUCCACGAGAGACUCGCUCGAAAGCAUAAUCGUGCUCACUUACUAUCUCUCGUACAUCGCUAUAGGAUUGAUGCUCUUCCUAUUUGCUAUUAUGUUUACAUGCGGCGCUUAUAGGGCGAACUACUGUCUGGUGACGACGUUCUUCGUGUACAGUUUCUUCCACCUAUUCUUCACGAUUAUACUAAUAGUGUGGGAGGCGCUCACUGCCGGCUGGAUACAGCUGGGGUUGAUUGCCCUGUCCGACCUGCUCCUGAUAGUUUGUCUGUUCAGCGUCAAAUAUCUGAUGGAAGCAAUCCGGACAGGGAACAUCUACAGUCACCCCGGAGAAGUUUACUAUAAAUACUAAUUUAUUGUUAAUCGUUUAUAAGAAUACACAGCCGAAUGUAAGAACGACAAUAGGGUAUUUGACUAAAUCUAAAAAUAUGAAUCUUUUUAGCCCGUCGGACAGAUUUCCAAAAAUUAUUAAAAACGUAGUUUUCAUUUUAUUACUAUAUUUAAAAGUAAGGAUAUGAAAAGCACUUAAGCAUGGUACGGGGGGCUAAGAACAUCACUAGCUAUAUAGUAAGGUACUGUUAAGUGACGUCACACGAAUGUUUUGUUUAAUAUUUUUUUAAAUCUGUUUGACGGACUAAACAGAUUUCUUCGUAAAUUACCCUAUUAGCAAGUGUCGUUCAAAAAUGGCUUUUUAUCACGAUUUUUUUUUAAUUACUUGUCAAUGACAUUCGGUGGUGUAAUUUCUCUGUGUGUCGUUCUCGACUACGACUGUCCUCAACCUUCAGUCACAGAAUACAGAGUAUAAACGUACAUAAGUCACAAAACAAAAGACAACAUUGAAAUGUACAUGACGAUCAAAUAUGUAUAUUUGAAUGGACUUUGAUCAACAAUUUUGGUCGUGAGACAUUUCCUAGUAGGUACUAGCUUGUAAAGAAGUCCAAAAUGUAGAGUCAUUAUACAUUUGUUAUCCUCUUACUGUAAAAGUACCGUUAGCUGUACCAAUGUGAUACGAAAGUCUCGAUUGAUAGACUAUAAGUAUAUUGCAGUAAAGUUUAUAUCAAUGUAAACCAUCUUUGUGGAGUGCAUUAAUGAUGCCUGAGAUUUUUAUUCAAACAAAAUUGUUAGAAAACAUCGCUUUAUAUUUUUUCAACGUUUUUGGACGUUCUCAUUAUUCUGUUCAUGAAUUUAAUUGUUCUUAAAUCGAUAAUUCAAUAUAAAAGAAACUACAGGGUAGUAGUGCAUAUGAUUUUGAUUGAUUAAAUCGUAUAUAACAUAAUCGUGUUUAACAUUCGCGUAAACCUAAGAAACCACUAAAUCGUAUAUCAUUAAAUAUGAGCAGAGGAAGGAUUUAAAUAAGUAAAUAAGUAUUUUUUGUACUAUUUAAUCAAUAAACAACAUAACUCAAUAAAUCACAACUUUUUAUAUUCUUUGCUACAAGACAUAAAUAUAGCACACGUACAAAAACAGAUAUAACAGACACAAUCACACAAGUCCACACCUUCAUUUAAAUAAAUUAUUUCAAUAAAUAGUCAAUAAAUAACAAUUUAUAACUAAAAGUCUAUCUUCUGUAUUCAUAUAAUAAAUUCUCUAAUUGUAA